AUUAGGGUUUUGUUACUUUCACUGCCCUCCCUUUGAAAUCAGAUCGCUGCUCAAUCUCCCACUUGAAUUGAAAAUCGCUGCUCCUGCCUCCGGUAGUCGACGGAUGAGAGUCAAGCGGCUAGCCGAAGUCGGAAAUCGUCUACACUCUGAGCUCUGAACUUGGAUUCGUGAAGAGGGAAAGGGAAGCUUCAAGCUCGUAAUUGCCAGUCAUUAUCCCUGACGUUGUAAUUGACCAUUGUAUGACGCCACCUGCCGCCGUAGACGAGCUGCUUUCUUCUCCGCCUCUGUGCUCCGCAGCAUAUCACUGAAGAUAAAGCAUCAAUGAUGAAGAGAACAAAGGUGACAAAUGGUGGAAUUGGAAGCAAUGAUAAUAAACAUUUGAAGUCUUGUAGUAAUAAAUUAAAUACUGGAAUCACUUUUGAUGAUCAAACCCUAUCAGAUGUGGGGCCCAGUAAAGAAUUGAACAACCUAAUUGUUGGUGAAACUGAGCUACUUUCUCGUGGAAAGAGAAUGCUUAUUAAACGAGAAAAAAAUAUUGGAUUCAGUAAGAGUCCAGUUCCAGUGAUGAUUACUUCUUCAAGAAAGAAGGGGAGAUCACCUGAUGAUUCUGGAGUUGUGAAAUCUUUUUUACCCAAAGGAGGUGAAGGUGAUUCGAUGAAAAUAAAAACCCCGAAGAGUGUUGAGAAAGUGGUGCAUGUUAGCGAAGAGCUGCAUCCUCCACCUAUUACCUGUGUUAUGGGUUUGCAAUGUAAAGUGGUGACUACUAUGUUACAAACUAAGAAUGUGAAUGUAAAGUCGCCUACCAUGAUUCCUCCCAAUGAGGGGAAGGAAGCGGAUGGAGGUAGUGGGACUCUAAAGAGGAAGAGGGGAAGGCCAUUCAAAUCAAAACUCAAAAAACCCAAAACACCUUUGGCAGUAACAGUGAUCCAUGAGAAUGGGGAUGCAUUGCCAUUGACAAAGACUCCAAUAGAGAAAGUACCAAACACAACGAUAAAGAAGUAUAAAUCCGUAAAAGGAAAACGAGGCAAACGCCGUAAAAUAAAAAGCAUUAACAUGGUAUCUCCACAUUCACUUGAAGAUUCAUCAUCAAAAUUAAAACAAAAACAAAAAGAAAAGUUAGGGUUAGGGUUAGGGUUAGGGUUAGAAUUGACAAUCUUGGAUGAGGAUCAACCUCUAUCAAUGUGGUUCGAAGGAAAACAAAGAAAUGGUGGUGAGAAAUUACCAUUCGAGAAACGAAGCACCACACUAUGGGAAACAUUGGAAGCAAUGGAGAUAUUCCAGAAGAUUCCACAAAACCCACAUUUUCGUCCACUUGAGAAAGAAAAGGAAUGCACGCGCGAAGGACACGCGAUCAGCAAAAUGGUAAGUUACGUGCGUAUAAUGGAGUCAAUCUCACAACAACUGACACUGGAGGACCGAAGAAGUGUGUUUGAGGAAAGCCUUGAGGCGUUGUUGGAUUUGGAGUCGCAUGGGUUUGAUGUGAAGGUGGGGAAGGAGCGGGUGAGUGGGUUGCUUAGGAUUAAAGAGAAACAGGAGUUGCUUGAACAAGAGUCGAAGAAAGUGAAAAAGCAAAUGGAGGUGGAGAGAGUUGAAGGGGUGAGGAUUGAUAAGGAGAUUGAGUUGGUGGAUCAACAGGUGGUGGUGUUGUUGGAGAGACGUGCACAGGUGUUGAAGAGGAAGGUGAAGAAGGAUGCGGAAGUUGAGAGUUUGGAGGCUCAGAUAGAAGAAAUUCAUCGGGGGAUAUCGGAGGUUAGAUGUAAGUUUGAUGGUUUGGCUGCAUCAUCUUUGUGUGGUUGACUUUGAUUGUUUGUGUAUUUAUUGUGUUAGUGCUAACUAGUAGGGGAUUUUAGUUGAAGAGCUUGUAGUGUGUCAUGCUCUUCUUUUAGUUAUGACUUAUUAGACCU